UGCGCUUGUCUUACAAAACCGUCAUAUUCAUUCUGUUGAUUGAGAAAGAAGGCAUGGGGACGCAAGGCAAGAUUAUCAAGUGCAAGGCAGCAGUGGCGUGGGAGGCGGGGAAACCCCUUUCCGUCGAGGUGGUGGAGGUGGCCCCGCCCCAGGCCCACGAAGUCCGCAUCAAGAUUGUUGCUACCGGAGUAUGCCACACUGACCUGACAUACCUGAACGAGAGCAAGGAAAAACACCGAAGCUCUUUCCCUAUGGUCCUGGGGCAUGAGGGUGCUGGCAUCGUGGAAAGUGUAGGACCUGAAGUCUCCAAAUUCUCCCCAGGAGAUAAAGUUAUUCCUCUGCUUUUGCCUCAGUGUGGAGAAUGUGAAUACUGCCUGAGUCCAAGGACUAAUUUUUGCACCCAUAAUUGGGUAGGCAUAAUGAAGGGAACCAUGGCAGAUGGCACCAGCCGGAUCUCCUGCAAAGGGAAGCAGAUCAACCAGUUCAUGUGCCUGGCGUCCUUCUCAGAAUACACCGUCGUCGCCGAUGUUUCGUUGGCCAAGAUCCAGGAGGAUGCCCCCCUGGAGAAGGUCUGCCUCCUGGGAUGUGGGGUGUCCACGGGAUACGGAGCCGCCCUCAACUCUGCCAACGUCCAGCCUGGCUCAACGUGUGCAGUAUUUGGUUUGGGGGGUGUGGGUCUGGCGACGGUGAUGGGGUGCAAGGCGGCAGGGGCAUCCAGGAUCAUCGCUGUGGACGUCAACAAGGACAAGUUCCCCAAGGCCAAAGUGUUUGGGGCCACCGACUUUGUCAACCCCAAGGACCAUGACAAACCCAUCAGUCAGGUGCUGGCAGAGAUGACCAAUGGAGGGGUGGACUUCUCAUUUGAGUGUAUCGGCAACGUGGAGGUCAUGAGGGCUGCUCUGGAGUCAUGCCGCAUGGCAUUCGGAACCUGCGUGGUUGUGGGGUACACCGAGGCUCAGGAAAUUGCUGUAGCCCCCAUCCACCUCCUCAUGGGGCGCACCCUGAAGGGUACCUAUCUUGGAGGCUGGAAGAGUGUGGAGAGCGUGCCCAGGUUGGUCAGUGACUACAUGAACAAGAAGCUGAAGCUGGACGAAUUUGUGACCCACACGCUGCCCCUGGACAAAAUCAAUGAGGCCUUUGACCUCAUGACCAGCGGGAAAAGCAUCCGAACUGUCAUCAAAAUGGCUGAAUAAGGGAGGCUGCUGCUGGCUGAAGACUGGCUGAAGAACUUUGUCUCGUACACCUUGUUGCUUCACAGAUCUUACACUUAUAAAGAAGACAGCAGUUGGAUUAAACCAAACUGACACUCCAGCUUUAUGACUGCUUGCUGAUGAACAUCAGUCAGCUUUUAAAAAUUUGCAUGUUUCCUUGUGUCCAGAUUCUGUGAUCUGUGU